AUGGACACCGACGAAGACGAACAACCUAUCAUGGAGUUCGAGCUCCCGCUCCACGGCGGCCCCUCGGUUGACUUGUUUGAGCUGCAUACCUAUCUUUUCGAUAUACUAGAACUCAACGAAGAUGACAAACUACUACUGCGACUAUUCUACAUGAUGGCGGCGCUCUGCGACCCCAUGACACAACCUGGCGAGAGUGGAGACUACCAGCUUAGUGUUAGAGGAUUGGCCGAUGCCUGUACAGCACUAGGUUACCAGAUUCUAUUGGAAAUGAGGCAUGAAGCUCACAACUCCGACAACAACGACAUCCACCCUCAGUUGGCUCCCAUUCGAGUAGAUCUGAACAAACUCAAGUUCACUCUUUCUAUGAAGUUUUUUGAGAUCCUACAAGCCAUUAAUGUAGCGCUUCGGGUGGAGGAUGAGCUCCGAGUGCGUCAUUUGGAGAACGAUAAAAAUCACUGGGAUGCUGGAAGUCGAUUCUGGCUCCCGAAACUAUCAUCUGACGACGAUGAGCAGCCUCUAAAAACACUAUAUUACAUGUCUUGUACUAUAAUUAUGAGUUUGCAUCUCAUGUUCCGCGAGAGCAUUUUGAGUCCCUUUACUGACCACUUUGUUCGUCUUUGGAAAACUCAUUCAUGUAUAAUUCAAUUGGCAUUGGAAUUGGACAGACAAUUGGAAGAAGAUGCCUGGUCCAAGAAGGGAGAGUAUUUUGACACGCCCGAUAAAGUCAAGAGAGCGCUCAUGGGUUCGAGUGCAGUGAGAAUUGUGCUUGCAGCGGUGUUGGAGGAUUUCUUCAAACUGAAAAAGCCUGACAAUCUGAGAACGACUCACGAAAUGGUAGUCCAUGACAUGGAAAAACUUCUGAUUCUAGAUUUUUUCGACCCGUUGAGUCGAGAAAUGGCCGGAGGUGGAAGUCUUCAUACCCGACUCGAACAUUUUGCUUUGGCAAUGCUCAUCUUGAGACUAAAGACCAAGUUCACUCCUUGUUAUACACUCGACAACGAUUUAAACUUCACUACUGGAAAAGAUCCAGAGUAUCCUGUUGGUGACAAAGAACGUAGAGACAGAGAUGCGAUAUUCCGUUCAGACCCAGAUGGCUUGUGUCAGGAUUUAUUGACGGAUCUCUACUAUGACGAUAAACUUGAUGAUGACGUUAAGUAUGUUUUCGGACACUACGAUUCAGACGAGGAGGACAGCGAGUCCGAGACUGCUCAAGAAGCGGGAUUCCCAAUGGCACUCCGAAAAGACAAAGACGACAUCGAAUUUGACGAACUUGGCAGAGAUUGGAGAGAUCAGGUUAGGGGUACAAAUGUCAACUUAACUCCAGAGUUCAAAGCUCUUCUCGAUGAGUAUACAGCCAGUUCGAAAAAGGAAGGUUCGGACCACUUCUUCAGCUGUAUCGAGGAACUUGAAGAGGGUCUCAAAGUCUUCACACUGUUGGAGAUUGAGUACAUGCCCAAGUUUCUUCAGCACGUUGGACAAUCAUUACUCAAUACAGUGGCAUAUGCUGCCACCCGUGCAUUAGAUGGAGACCACGACUUCAUUGAUCGGAUUCAUGUAUUUUUGGUUUCUCCCGCAAAGCCUGAUUUGAUUGAGGAAGCUCUUCAACAAAAGCCAUAUCUUAUCCAGAGAAGAUACCUCACUGCAUUUGAACUCAUUCUAGUGUUCAACCCCAAAACGGCAUGUGCCAUGAUGGACGAACUUCUCAUGGUCAAUGGGUUGAGACGGCUGAUCAUUUGGUUCUUGUGCCACAGUGUGAACCUCCACAUUUCACUCAUUAACCACGUUUAUGAGUUGGUAGCUGGAUACAGAGGCAACUCCCCCAAGCGAAACUCGCCGUAUAAAUUCUCUCGUCAAGGAACCUUGGAAUUGUCGCCUGUAGAAAAGCUGAUGCUAUUACACGAAUUCUUAAUCAAUUCUGGCCCUUGGUUGGUUUCAGAAUUCAGCGAAGUUAAAGCUGAUCUUCAAGAUGUUCCGAAACAGCGGGCGGAGAAGAUUGUUUCUUGUCUCUGUCUCUUGAUUCUGAGGUUGAUUGACGAGAAAAUCAUAGUUCUUUCAAAUGAUCACGCAGAUGACUUUGAAGAUUACUCACAAGACUUGCAGGUUUUGCUAUUCCCAUGGAUCGGCCGUGUUCCAGAGGCGCGCCGUCUAUAUUUCGAUGUAGCAAAGAUAAAAUAUGGGGGAGAUCCGCCUGAAAUGAAGGAAGAACCCUUACUAAGGUAUUCUUGGGGAGACGAUGAUGCGCUGCACAGCAUAGUUAAUUACGAGAAAAUUAUAGAAGUUUUCAAAGGCGCUGGAAUUCUGGAAGAAACCAAUCUUGAAUUCAUAUUGCCAUCCCGGAGACUCCUUGACAUUGCUAUCCAUGGGGGAUUGGAGGACGAUGAAGCUAUUGACGAAUUCUUCAGAGAUAUGGGAAUAAAGGCACCAAAAUUUCUGCAGUCUUCCAUCCAAUCCCAAACUCAAGCUUCAAGAGAGCUAUCAAAUUCUCCAUCAUCCAAAGAGAAUGAUUCGAGCGACUCAGAGUCAGCAGAAUUGACACGCGAAGAGAAGUUAGAGAUCUUCAUCAAUGGUCUUGAAGCUAAAAUUGGUGCCGCAAGAAAUCGACUUAUAGAAGCACCUCUUUUUUUCGACGAGCUGGAUGUGGUUGAAGCAUAUUUGCAAAGUCAUGGAGAGACUUUAAAAUCAAAAGUAGGUUGUUGUGACAUAUUCGGCAACUUAAGGUCAUACAUCCAGGAAUAUCCAUUGCCACAAGUGGAUGCAAGUGAAAUGCUCAGGGUGGCGAGCUCAAAGGUUAUACAGAAGAACUUUGAGCGGAUUAAAAGAGUCAAUUCCUCUAGAGACUACACGGAAAAGGCACCCAAAGUCGAGGAGGUGGCAGAGUCUGAAUUCAAUGAUGAGUUUCUCAAUGGCGAGGGCCAGUUUCAAGAGAAACACGACAAAAAGAAAAAGAAGAAGAAGAAGCCGAAGAAGAAGAAAAAGUAG